AUGUUCUGAAAAGCUUCCUGUCGCCGUUCCAAUACUCCGCAUUUUAUCUAAUAAUUAAAUAUAAAAUGUACAUUAGGACCCUUUUAUUGUUUUUUGUAAAAAGUGAAAUAAUCAGUGAAUAAAAUAAAAUAUGUGUUGAAUAGACUGUGCAGGCAACUUAAAAUUAUCGAGCGUCUCGAUGUCCACGAGUUCACUCGGGACCAACAAAGCGGCGGACAUUUUAUUUUGAGUACUCGAUAAUGUAGCGUUUGCGUCGAAAACAUUAAUGUCGUUUUAUGGUUACAUAUUUUCAUAUCGUUCGCUUGCACCUUUCCGAUGCCGAGGGGGGUGAAGCGAGGGCCGGUGGAGGGCGAGGCCGAGGUGGUAGUUCGCGCCGGGGCGUCACCAUCGAAAACCACGCUUCUGGACGACAGCCCGAGUCAGCCCAUCAGCUACCAUCUGCUGGAUCACGGUUAUGGCGCCACGCCGCAGCACCAAAUCAGGCGCGAGGCGCCCUCGGCACCGCCUAAAACAUCUGAAGCGGUAAAAAGAAGACUGAACUUGAGUGAGAGCAGUUCAGGGAGUCAGGGGCAUGUGGUGCCGAUGAAGGCGGACUUCAAGACGCCUAAGCAGAAACGCGUGAAGGUCCUCACGCCCUGCAGCCGACCGUCCAGUUCUAUGAAAAAAUACACCGAACGUUCCAGGUUUGACACAUCAUUAGGUUUACUCACAAAAAAGUUCGUCGCACUGCUGAAGUCGUCGCCCAAUGGAGUCCUCGACUUGAACAUAGCGGCGGAGCAUCUUUCGGUCCAAAAACGACGUAUAUACGACAUCACUAAUGUAUUAGAGGGUAUAGGAAUAUUAGAGAAGAGGUCCAAAAAUAAUAUACAAUGGAAAUAUGGGGUGGGCAGCGGCGGCGACAGCGGCUGCGGCGUGGUGGCGGACGAGUGGCGCGCGCGGCGGCUGCGGCGCGAGUGCCGCGCGCUGGCGGCCCGCGAGGCGCGCGUGGGCCGCGCCGUGGCGGCCGCCGAGCGCGCGCUGGGCUCGCUGUCGGCCGAGCACGACGGGCUCGCCUACAUUACGUAUGCGGACCUCCGCUCUAUCAAAGACUUUAGGAAUCAAACCGUUAUACCUAUCAAAGCGCCGCCGGACACGAUACUCAGGGUACCUCAUCCCGAUGAAAAGGGUUAUAUGUUCUAUGUUAAGUCUAAAUCUGGUGAAAUAGAAGUCUUCCUAUGUCCUAAGGAACGACCUCCUUCGCCAUCACCUCCUACGGAACUCCUUCCGGAUCCCAUAUCGGAAGACAACAAGGCGCUGCUGGCGCCGCUCAUAGCUCAAAUGCAGCACAUGCCUUCAAGUUCUAUUACUGCAGACUAUACGACUCCUAUAAAACGAGAACCCGUUGAAUGCCCGCCAAGUAGUAGCUCGUCGGCCACGUGGAGCGCCUCAGCGGCGGAACACACCCCCCAACAGGAGUUACAUACGCCGCAACACGACCUCAGUACGCCCGAUGCGUUCACGGCGCGGUGUCGCCUGCGCAACGCGCUGAUCGCGGAGAGCGACGACUUCGCGCCCACCAUGGGCGGCGGCCGCUUCCAGCUGCAGACCGAGGACCAGGAGCAAGAACCUAUGGAGUUGCCGUUCCUAGCACUGGAGCCCCCCAUGUCGGCGACGGACUACGGCUUCUGCCUCGACCACGACGAGGGCCUCUCGGAGCUGUUCGAUUUCGAGUUCUACUCUCACGACCAGAAGGCCUAAGUCGCAAGCGCACUCGCCUCGAAUGCGCAUUUGACGGUACCUGUAGGGCGAGGGACGGAUACGUGUAUUUUAUUUAUGAUCACUGCUGUCCGGGACUGUACGCUUUUUUAAACGUUACAGCACAUGCUGAUAAAUUACUUUUGUUAUUGAUUUUUUUAGAAGUGACCCGAGAAAAUUUGGUCCAAAUUAAAAAAAAAGUACAAUCGUUUGGAAAUUACUUUCGUUUAGCGGUCGUGAUGUCAAACCCGUUAAAUGUAACAAUAAUGUUACAAUAACAGAAGGCAAUUUAUAUGUGUAAGAUUGUGAAGGUGUAGCUGUGGCAUUGUUUCGUUCUCAACGUUCUGUCAGAUCACUGUUUUUUAUAUUGAUGUGCCGAGGUAGUCACGCGGUGUAGAAUGCAUGCAGAAAGACAGGGUGGGUCACAGCACUAUGGACAAAUACGAUGGAUGAAAACUCGGCACCGUCUGAAUACGCUUAUUUGUAUUAUACAUAUUGUCUAUAAUUAUAAUAAAAUAAUCUGCCACAAUGUUGAGAAUGAUUUCUGAUCUACAGAUGGCUUGACAAUAUACAUUGUUACUCACAGCAUAAUGGAUUUUGAUAAUUAAUGUGUUAGUUAUAAAAAUUGAUUAUGUUGCGGACUUAUGUUAAUCAAAACCUCGGUUGGUUUUAUCCUAUUCGAUCUUCCUCUAUUCACUACUUUCCUUCUGUUGUAAGUUGAAUUAUUUUCGUAAUUUACUAGAGGUAUGUUGUUAAAUCUGUAGUUAUGUUCAUUUGGAAUUAACGGUGAGUUAGAGUAGAUUUCAAUUGCUGUAACUUAACAUUGUUCUAACUCCAGCAUUGUGUGUGCAUCAAGUUAAAUCGAAAAUAUAAAAAAAUAUUGAGCAAUUUUAAGGUGCAAUGAAUUAUUAGAUUUGUGUUACGGUUGUCUACAAAAGUAGUAGCCCGAUUAUUUAUAUUUGAAUUUUAUUUUAUUGAACAACUUCCAAGUAGAAAUGGAAAAAACGCCUUGCAUUUCAUGUAAUGCCGUGCAUUUUGCCCAUUUCUAGUUGAGGAUCAUUAGUGCAGUUUUUUUUGAGACAUACGCACAUGUAGCAUUAUGUUAUGCGUGAGAAUGGUUAAAAUUUACACCCUUUGAAAUAGGAAUAGUCAUUAAAGAUUGGUUGUGGCUAUUCUGCGUACGCUACAGUUUGGUGAGUGUGCUGUCAUUGAGAUGCACGCACAUUUCAUUUCUUUCCACCUCAAUCUAUUGGACUAUGUACAAUUGUACACUCGCUGUUUAUGCAUACGGAUAAACAGGAUUUUUAUUAAACGUCAGUUAUUUUAUUUCAAUAUUAUAUGAUUAAAAAUAUUUUACAACUUUUUGUCAAGUCACUCUUCAUUGAGUUAAUGUUGCGUACUGAAAUAAGAACUUACCUCAUAUAAAACUAAAUCCAAGCGCCGUCCGAGCGACAGUAUUCCGACCGAGAAAGUAUUAGGGUGCUAUUCCAUUGAGUUGAGUGCUUUGCGCAUAAAAAUAUAAAAAAAAAUUAAACAACGUUCGUGCGCAUUGAGAUGCGUUUUAGCUUAUUAUCAGUGGAAGCAGUCAGGCAGCGAUAACUUGACAAGGUUAGCUGAUUUCGUAGCAUAACUUGACAUGUAAUCGCAAUUGGUGGAAAAGCAUACCUACAUAAUAAACUUAAGUUUUCAGCUUUAAGUUCAAAAAUAAUUAUUAUGUGACAGAGAUAUAAUGUCUCUGUUGCGCGAAUUAAAUCGAAUUAAAGUCUUGUUCAAAUGACAUAAUCACGCAUUAACAUGAGUCUUCUAGUGGCGUCUAUGGAGGCAAAAAGGUAAUUUUAUUUAAUGAUACAAGACGUGUUUCGAAAAGAUUAACUUUCAGCGCUCUUUUUUGCGCACAGUUUUAAAAUAUAUUCAGCGUCGGAGAUUAGCGAUGCUGGCAUCCUUUGGACGACGGAGGGAUGACGGCUUGUUUGUUGUUAGGGAGUGUAAUAAAUACAAUCUUUAUCUACUUAACAAUUUGGUUUUAAAUCUGCGAGUUUAUUUGCAUAAAUUUUAUUAGUUGCUUAAACCCUACUUCAAACCAGCCAUCGUGCCGGAGCGUGCGCCGUUGUAUAUACUCGCUCAAAGCCCGGCGCGACGCGUGUAAAUAUUACGAUGUAAUGAACGGUGAUAUCUUAGCGGCCUUCGAUUUUACUUGUAAAGCUAGCUCUAGUUCCAUUAUCACACUCGUGCCGGCGACGGCAUCGUCUGCAUGUUUGCAUUGCCCCGUUCCGUUUCGACAAUCGAGUUUGCCAAAUAUUUAGUUCAUAUCUGAAUAACAAGUUUGUUUAUAGUUUAUUUAGUUGUCUUUGUAAAUAGCCGCGGGUCGGGCGAGCGGUGGACGCUUGUAUAUUUAUAUCGGUGAUUUAUAUAAUUAAGUACAAAAGGCAGACACGUUACGAUGCCUCUUAAGGGCCUUUUAGUAUCGUUUUAUAUUUGUAAUUGAAGUUUUGACAUGCUAGUAAUUGCGGCUUAGGGUAAAAAUAUAAAUAAUUCGUCGGUAAGAGGCAUUGUGAUGCCAUAGUUUAAAACGCAUUACCUCACGUCCACGAUCGGCCGCGUCCGCCUUCGGCCCGGCCCGCCCAUACUGUACAGCACAAAUUCAUUGUAAAAACUUACUAAUAAGUGCAUAUCAAAUAAUUUUAAUGUUAGACUUAAUUUGGAGGCGUGUGGGAGCGUUGAAUGCCUUGUCGGCAUGUUGCGCGCGAACCAGGUUGCAAUAGAAUGUAUUUGUGCGGCGGUGCGGGUUUCUGCUGCGGUAUUUAUUACGAAUGUUUUCUUUGCAUAUUAAAAACUUAAUUCGAUAAUUAUUUAGAAUAAUUGUGAAAUGGCAGAGUUGAUGCACGAACUAACUAGCUCUCGUAGCCCAUCGCUAUUUAGAUUGCGACUAUUCCGCGGAACGUCUCGAUAGUAUUAAAAUUAUAAUUUCAUUUUAUUUAUAAAUCAAUGGUGUUAUUUUAUAUAGUUUGUUCUGUGAGAUCAAUCUUUUUCACUUAUUUAAUUCGUUAAAAGCACCUAGCUUACUUAGUUCUUGGUUUCAAUGAAAUGAAGGUUAUGACUAAUGAAUUUAUAGGCGCGUUUUGUUUCAAUAUCUUUAACGAUUAAGUUAUUUUUUGGCGAAUAGUUAUAGACAUUACCACCUCGUUGUCAUAAAAUUGCAUUGAAUAAUUGACCUUACUUAAUGUCUUUGUUGUGCUAAGUUUAUUAUAAAUUGGAUAUAAGAUGACCAAAUUUGAUUAUUAUAUUUUUAAUGCAAAUUUUAAGCAACAACCUAGCCGUAGGCGGUCUACUCAACAGGCGACUGAUUUGUUUUUAUAAAAUUAAAAGUUUGUAAAUUGAAUUUUUGUUACACAAAUUCUGGGGCCAAACAUGCGAGUAAGGAAGUACAAAUUUAAAAUGUUUUCUCAUAUUUUAGUUUAAGAUUUUUACUCAACUCUUCACGUUGAUUUUGGUCGACGCAAUAAUUGGAAUAUGUAUUUUGCUUCCUAAUAAAAAUUAAAUGAUUGCACUAAACUGUGACAGGUACAUUUGGCGUUUUUAAAUGAAGGUUUUGUAUUUUUGAUCAAUCUGUUACAGUAUUUAAAUUUGUAACAAUUUGUAAUUGUUAUUUUAUUAUGCUAAAGUUUUGAUUUUAAUUUUUAAGUCGUAAAUUGGCCUUCCUGCCUUGGAUUAAGUCAAAAUCAAUUAAAUAUUUUCCUAACACCUAUAUAAAAUUUAAAUAAAAUCUGCACAGAAGACGAAGUCGACGAAGAAUAACACUUAUUCUGUGUAAGAGAUCAUUAUACAACAAAAUGACUUUAACUUGCGAAGAUUUUUAUUUUGUUAGAGAUUUCAACAAGAAUUAAAAUUAAACCUUUUGAUAUUGUAAGUGCAGUAGUUUUAUGGAAACUUAACUCUUUGUUCUAAACCUUUCAAAAGAGGUAGAGAUAUCAAAUAUUUUUUAAAAUUAUAAACUUAGUUCUGCAGUUCAGUUCUAGCUGACUAGCUAUUAUCCUACCAUCUUAAAAAGGUUUGGCAAUAGUUAAGGACAAUGCAACGAAAUUCGUUUGUUUAAUGUCGCUUCGACGACGCACAGGGAUCUAUCUUGUAGCUUCAGGUCAUAAAAUAUCACUUGGUCUAUUUGCAAAUUUAUAUUAAAAGAGUAUCAAAAUACAGAAUUUUAAUAUCUAGUUUUUUUUGUACUUUGACAUUUUGCACUCGAAGUGCAACAAAUUUAACUUUCAUUAUUCCGUAAUACGUCUGUGACGUACAAAUAGAACAGAAUGCAGCAGGUUCAUAUUAGGUGCUGAAUAUUUUUCGUGUAAUGAUUUGUUAUCUUGCUUUUCCUUUCCCGAGUCAUAAAGUCUAGCACGUGCUGCAUUUUGGUAAUAGUAUUCUAAUUUUGGUGUCUCGUUCUAUGCAAGAAUUACCUCAAUAAGUUAAUGUAAUGAAAUUACAAUAUAAUAAUUUCUAGAUCUGUCACAUGUUACAUUAAACUUGUUGAGCUACCAGUGUUUCUCUUUUUAUUAUGUGCAGUUACUAUUUAUGAAGCAAAGGUCAGACUUUAUGAUUAUUUUCUUCUUAAGUAAAGAAAGUACUUAUUUUUUUUUGUAAAGCACGCGUUCGCUCCCGAGCCGAAACUAUGUCAAUAAAUGGGUUGUCAUACAAUGUAUGUGUCACGACCACACAGGAAAGUAGUGCUAAAUGAAAUCAGACUUUUGGACGGCAUAUUUUUGUGUAACUUCAACUAGAUGAGAAUGUAAAAGGUGCAAUGUUGAUGUGUAUUUAUGAAGUGCAUGGGUGGCGCCGCCGGCAGUGGUGGCCGUCGACACGAAACACACCGGAGCAAUGCGGCGCCGCAUUGCCGACGUCGCUAGAGGCGAUGCGGCGCCGAACUUUAUCAAAAUAUCAAAGAGAUAUUCGGUUGCAUCGCCGAGUAGAAAUUGAAAACAUUUCAAUUUCGUAUAGAGUAUUUUUCUUAAAAAAUACAUCACCUCAAUGACGCUUAUAAAGUGUAAUAUUAUUAAAUAACUAUUUCACAGCAUAGCUGAUGUAUAUUUAUACUGAAUGUUGAUCAUUUUAAAUUAUUGAAUCUGGUUGUACCGAAACAAAAUAUCGUGUCGGUAACGCAGCGUUGUGUUGCUCUGUUGUGUUUUACUAAGGCCUGUUCGGUUAGUAUUCAUUGCGUUGGAAGACUGAGAUUGAUUAUUCCAGUUUCGAUGAACGAGGGAGUUAUUUGUUGAUUGAAUUUAAAUAUAAAGUCAUAUAUAUAGUUAGGUUAUAUUUUU